AUGCCUUCGCUCAUCCUCCUCGCUGGCCUGCUGACAGGAGCCUACUUCUCAACCUUCAUCUACGCCCUCCUCCGCAACUUAUUCCUCGCCCGCAAAACAGGCUUCCCCAGCAUCAUCAUCCCCUGGGAUCAAAACCAUAUAGUAUGGAUGAUACUCUCCGUCCCUCUGCGCCCGAAGCUCAAACAAUGGCUUCCAACCCAGAGCUUCGACCGCUUGACCCUGGCAAUCUAUGGCUGGGAUAAUUCGCCGGUCAGAAAAUCCUACAUGCACGUCGGCUGUGGACGACUCGAAUUCUGGACUGCAGAUCCUGAGAGUACGACUGAGAUUUUGAGGCGCCCGGGAUCCUUCGAGCAGGUCGGCUUGGUGGACAUGUUGCUUGCGAGGUUUGGUCAUAGUCUUUUGACAUCGAAUGGCGAGAAAUGGGCCAAGCAGCGUAAAAUCGUGGCUGGUGUGAUCAAUGAGAGGGUGUCCAAGGCUGUUUUCGCUGAGAGUAUACAGCAGACUGAUGGGUUACUACGAGAAGUCUGCAGCGUGAGUGAUCACGGUACCGAAACCACGAAGCUCUUUGACAUGAUGAAGAAGAUCACCAUGAACGUCUUGAGCGGCGCCACAAUGAGGAGAAGUGUCCCUUUCAACGACACCGAACCCGAGAAGCCGCAAGCUGGGUUCAAGCUGACAUAUGUAGAGGCGAUCAAAGUCCUUGUCAAAGCUAUCGCAGGACCAAUGGCCUUACCCCGAUGGUUCCUUUUCGGUUAUCCCAGUUUCAUGCCAGGAUUCGAGUUCAUCCGCUCGCUGGGUCAUGCGGUGGAUGAGUUUCCUGUCCAUACGAAAGCACUACUGCAAGAAGGACGACAACGAUCUCGAACGGCUAAGGAUGGGCAGAUCAGUCGGAGUAUCAUCUCGCAGCUCUUACAAGCAUCGGCGGAUAGUGGGAAAGGCGAAGCUCUGACAGAAGAAGAGACUGUGGGAAAUAUCUUCAUCUUUACCGUCGCCGGCUUCGACACGACUGCUAAUACGCUCUCCCAUGCCCUUGUGUUACUGGCUCGCUACCCGUAG